CCCAUUUAUAAAAAUUGCGAAAUUAAUUAGGAAAAUAAGGUUACAUUUGUUGGCUUCUACGUGGUCUGUUUUGCCUUCGUCGUUCUUCACCGGCGAGGCUGAACAAGGCUGAAAAUCUAUAAUUCCAGACCAUUACUGGCUUCAACAGGAUUCAACUCCAUCUCCCAGAGCACAACUACUCAGCGGCAUGGUACAAUAUAUCAUUACCCCAUGGCGCGACCGCGAUGAGCUCAUAAAAGUACGGCAAGCCUUCUACCAGAAGCCCUCCAACGGAGGCUCACCCGACAAGGAAGCCUGGCAAAAUGCCGUAGCCCUCGUUUCUGUCUGGGCACAGCGAGGCAAUUGCCCUCACCUUAUAGAGUCCACUGCGCUCUUAAUAUCAGCAAGCGUCAAUGAUAAACCAGGCAGCUCCGCAUAUGCCGUGCGCGCUGCCUAUUCAGCGGCGUUCUGUCGCUUCGUUACCGGGCUUCUCGACGGAUACCAAGAUAAGAAACACAAACUAAGCAUGUUUUCAAUAGCCAAGAAUAUCGGACUCCCGGCGACGUUUGUGGAGUUGCGGCAUCAGUGUACGCACGAAGAACUGCCAUCUUUGGGAAAGUUGCGUGGUGCGUGCGAGCGAUCUCUGGAUUGGAUAUGGAGGCAAUAUUGGUCGAGCCUGGAAGGUAAAGAUAAAUCGUCAGGAUCGGACGAAGAACCAGAAAGCGUCGAGGAUUUGAGUACUGUUUUACAGGAGUAUAUGGUAUGGAAGGAGGGCACAGGGAGUUCAGAUGAAGGCCAACGACUGUCCUUCGUGCGGAGGCUGAGGAAAUGGGACGUCGAAAAGAUACUAGAUACUCUCCAUGAGCUCAGGGCACCUGGUGCUGCGGAUUCCGGCAUGAUGCUGAAAUCGAUCCGACUCACGAGGGGAAUAUUACACGGCACGGCCGACCCGGAGGCAUUUCCCCCAGUGGAAGAAGAGGAUAGUAAUGCGGGCAACGGCCAAGGCGAUGCGGCAUGUACGGAUUCUAACGCGGUACAGCAAACUUCGAGCGGACUUUGUGAAGACGAGGAAAAUCUGGGCUGGAAGCUUUGGGAAGGGCCUUGGACUCCAAAGCCCAUUGGAACUGUAUGAUAGAACGCUUCCUUAUAUUAAAGAUACCCGGCUUUUGCCCCAAUGCUCAACGCAUUCUUCACAUCCUACUUAUAAUCAGGACUCUACUAUCACGGUGGUGCAUUGGUUGCUUCACGAGUUCAAGGUAUUUUGGAUCAGAUAUGUUUAAAAGCAAUUGUAUUGUUUUGCAUUGAGAAUAUCGCUAAAAGGCACCGAACACGAUCCUCAAGAGAUGAGGAAAGUAGAUUGGCACGAUCUAGCUAUCACUAUUGCUUCAGUGUCCACACUCGCUCGCUCUGGGAAUGGAGGCGGCGGGCUCUAGCUUAUAAUGAAGAAGCGUAUUGGUUGCCCAAAGGGCGACAAACGAAAG